GAAGAAAAGGAGGAAAAAAAAGCCACCACCAGUGGCGACUCCCCACGUUUUUGCCCCAAGGGCUGUGCUCUUAAAUUCCUAACUCUACUUUCACGCCCCGGCGCCGCCCCCUUCCAGGUUCAGCUCAGCAGCGCCCUCUCCGCCUGGGCGGACUAACUACCAGGGUCCAGCCGGAGGCGGUGAUGGCGACGAUGGGAGCUGCUGGUGGGUUCAGGACUGUGGAGCCGUUGGAGUAUUACAGAAGAUUUUUAAAAGAAAAUUGUCGACCUGAUGGAAGAGACCUUGGUGAAUUCAGAACCACAACCGUCAACAUAGGUUCAAUUACCACUGCAGAUGGCUCUGCUCUUGUGAAGCUAGGAAACACUACGGUUGUAUGUGGUAUAAAAGCGGAAUUUGCAACACCCCCUGCUGAUGCCAGUAACAGGGGAUAUAUUGUUCCUAAUGUGGAUCUUCCUCCACUCUGUUCAUCAAGGUUUCGACCUGGACCGCCAGGGGAAGAGGCUCAGGCAGCUAGUCAGUUUAUUGCAGAUGUAAUUGAAAAUUCACAGAUAGUACUGAAAGAAGAUCUGUGCAUUGUUGAUGGGAAGGUAAGUAAAUGCUUAAUCUUUACAAUUAAUACUAAGUGUAUAGUGUUUAAAAACUCUGGAAUGCAUCUGUUCCCUUCCAGUUCACAUAAAAAAGUUGAAAUGACAUUUUGCUUUGUGAUAUGUGCUUUGUAUAUAUGGAUAAAGUGACCUAAGUCAUUUGGUGUGGAAGUUUUUGCCUGCUGCUUCUGAGAUGGUCAGAAUAGACCUCAUAGGGUCACAGUUCCUGCCAAACAUUUAACUGUUUAAAAGUUUCAAAGUAGGGUUCUUAUGGGUGAAGACCUCACCGGUGUAAUGCAUUUUUCAGUGCACUGCAAAAAAAGAAACCUUAAAUGUAGCUUAGUUUUCAGAGUGAUCUAUAAUGAUUCAAAGGUAGGUAUAACAUUAUACUGGCAAUUUUUAAAUAAAAUACACUGUGGAAAAGGGUAUGUACAGUGGUGCAUCGACUUAAAAACUUAAUAUCUUCUAGAAGAACAAUCAUAACUCAAAAUGGUCAUAAGUCGAAGCACCAUUUCCAUUGAAAUGCACUGAAACCCC